UGAUCAAUGCGUUUGUUUUUCAUUUACUUAAUGCACAAAGUAAGACGCUAGUACAACCGUCAUCAGCGGCCGAUUUUGGAUAUGCAUGAUACCGUUUUCUAGUACAGUGGAUUCAACAUUUGCAGUUAAUUCAAAGAGCCGUCAAUGCAUUUUAUUAUAGUUUGAUUUGGUCUACUUCUCCCGUCAAUUCGGGUAGGGAUACUUUAGUACGUCUUCCGGCUGCAAGUCCUCAUUUUAUGGGUCUAAAGUCUGCUUGUUUUAGGUGGAGAACGAAUAUUGCUUCAAGAUCUGUUCCUUCUGAUACAAUAACAUCUGUAUUCACCAUCCGAGUUUGGCUGUGAUUUUAAAGCUUGUAAUUUAGGACCAUGAAGCUGAUCAUCCUGAAUGAUUAUGACCAAGUUGGUGAGUGGGCUGCCAAGUACAUCAGGAAUAAAAUCCUUCGCUUCAACCCUGGACCAGACAGAUUCUUCAUUCUAGGACUUCCCACAGGAGGUACCCCUCUGGGAUGCUAUAAGAAGCUGAUUGAGUUUUAUAAGAAAGGAGAGAUCUCUUUCAAGUAUGUCAAAACGUUCAACAUGGACGAGUAUGUGGGUAUUGCUCGGAAUCACCCAGAGAGCUACCAUUCCUUCAUGUGGAAUAAUCUCUUCAAGCACAUUGACAUCAAAUCAGAGAACACCCAUAUUCUGGACGGCAACGCUGCCAACCUUGUAGAGGAGUGUGAUUCCUUUGAGGAGAAGAUCAAAGCAGCUGGAGGAAUUGACCUCUUUGUUGGAGGUAUUGGACCGGAUGGCCACAUUGCCUUCAAUGAGCCAGGCUCCAGUUUAUUGUCCAGGACCAGAGUGAAGACCCUGGCUCAGGACACCAUCCUGGCCAACGCACGUUUCUUUGAGGGAGAUCUGUCUAAAGUACCCACCAUGGCUCUGACUGUGGGAGUGGCCACUGUCAUGGACGCCAGAGAGGUCAUGAUUCUAAUCACGGGAGCACACAAAGCGUUUGCCCUUUACAAGGCCAUAGAGGAAGGGGUGAACCACAUGUGGACGGUGUCGGCCUUUCAGCAGCACCCUCAGACUGUGUUUGUGUGUGACGAGGAUGCUACCCUGGAACUGAGGGUUAAAACUGUCAAGUACUUCCAAGGGAUGAUGCAUGUGCACAACAAGUUGGUGGAUCCACUGCCUCCCAAGUAAGACGAGGGCGUUACAAAUACAUCAGGAAACCCUCCGGGAUAUGACAGUGACCAAGGGUGGAGGAUCAAUUGUGUGUGUUGUACUGUGUUUUACUUAAAGUUACAUUUUAUGUAAAAUAAUAGUAUGCCUACUUGUAGUAGGUUACAUUGAUUAUGUAAUACAUGUAUCUUCGAUAAAAACAGGUUUCUUAGCUACAUUGUUAAAUUUGAUACAAACUUGACUUUGAAUGUAUUUCAAUGUGUUAUUCUAAUAAAAUAACUUUGAGAAUGAA